GCAAGGCCAGAUAUCGAACCUGCAUCCUCAUGGAUGCUAGUCAGAUUCAUUUCUGCUGAGUCACAAUGGGAACUCCAUAUUUUUUAAAUUGUAUUUCUAUAUAAUGCAUUUUACAAUGCACCAAAACAUUCCUCCAUCCCAAACAGGUAUUUUGGAGAAAAAUUCUAACACACUUAAUAUCUUUCUGGAUCAUAAGUUUGAGUACCAUAUGCAUUUUUUAAUAUUAUUUUUUACUCCGAGAGAAGUUUAAUACACUACUGACUUAAAAUUCUAUGUAAUUAUUGGGUCUUUGUUUUUUGAUGCAAAAAUAGUACAGGUAGGCUCUUACAAUUACUCAAGUUAUUUUCCUUGGAAAAAGGAAAUCUUACACCUUGAAAAGAAUAGCAUACAAAAAAAUUAACACUAAUAAUAUAGUGUCAUCAUUAAAACCUUGAAACAAUAAAAAGCGUGGUAAUUGCUGUAUCUUUUUGUUUUCAUGUUUGCUUUCUUGUUUUCUUUUUUUUUCCUUCAGAAUGCUGCCAUCUUCUGGUCAAAUUGUAUAUUGCUUCAUACACAAAGUAAGAGAUCACAUUAUGAGGCAAUUUAGGUUAUAUAAAUCCACCUUUUAUAAUUGAGUCACCCAUUUCAGAUUUAUGCCUCCAAUCCUCCAAAGCCAGAAAACAUUAAGUGAUUUUUCAGGAACUUUAAAAAUUUAAAUACACAGAGGAUAUUUGAGGACUUCCGAUGUUAUCAAAACAUGUAUCACACAAUAGAUGCCUAUGGAAGUACAUAUAAGGCAGAGUAUCUCUAGGGAAUAUCUUGCUUUGAUGUAUUUCUGCAAGAAUCUAUGGCUUAGAAUAGUUAAUAAAUUUUGAUAUAUAUUUCCUAUUUCUAUGCUACAAACGUUUGAUGUUCAAAAUCCUUCCCUUAGAAUAUUUUAUGUUAUGUAUCAAACACUCUUAAUAAAUGUCCUCAUUAAAACAAAGAGGAUGAGAAGGAAAUCCUUCCUACUUCCACUAGAUUUUAUUCCUUUUCAUUGACUCCUUGAACAAAAAGUGGAGUUUUUACCACAUGCUGAUCUCUAAUAGGCACUGAAAUUUGAAGGGGAAGCAAGAUGCUAUCCCUAGACUUAAAAGCAUUCAUUUUAAUGCAUUCUUUUUAACCAAGUCCUAAGCAUCUUUAUUGUACCACACUGUCCUUAAUUUAUCCACUAAAAAUGUCUUAAUCUAACAAAACCAAAAACCAGUAUAUCAUAGUACAACAGUUUGCAAUAACUAAAAGACUCAUUAGCUACUGUUUUUUUCACUGAUAGUUUCUACCAGUUUUCCUUUUUUCUCCCCCUCCCAUGGUAUUUAUAAUCUGGUGACACACAUAAUCCACACCAAAUAGCCAUGAAAUCAGCCACAGUAAUCAAUAUUUAACAGGUGGGAAAUCCUGACACGGUGAGACCCACUGUCUUCCUGAGUCACUCAACAGGAACUAGGAUUAAAUAUCGGCUAAAAAGAGCAGUCUUGUCUUACUUCCGUCUUUCAGAAGACUUUUGUAGGUAAAAGUAGGCAGUUACUUUGUCAGAGCUUUGGAAUGAUAUCAUGAGACAGAAUCCUCAAGAAAGAUGAAAAGUUUACUGACAACCCUUAAUUUCCACUCUCCCUGUGCUCGUCAUGAAUCCAUAAAACAAAGCACUCCUCCUCUCUCCCACUUACCUACCUGCCUUAUUUCUUAACAUUUCUAACUCUGUUAUCCGCAAAUCACAUUUUCUAUGCUAACUAUAUUGUCUUUCCCAUUUUCCAAAAUUUCCUGAACAUAGGCUGGUUGUGAGCAGGGAAGGGGAAGAAGAGGUGCUAGGUUUCAGAGCUGAGUGUGACCUGGGAGUCACCCUGUGGCCACUCAGGCCAGGUCCCAGGGAGGGCUGCCCUAUGAAAGGGACCUUGGAGAUGGGAGGAACGCACAUCCUUAGCUAAUCCUCCCAGCCUCACUGGCAAUGCCCCGCUGUUCUCUCCUUAUUAAAAGAAAACAGGGAAACGAUCACAUGCAUUGUUGAAUGGUGUUUACCAGGUGGUGUGAAAUCUCGCCCCAUAUUCUCUGUAAGAGAAAACAGGAGCCAGGGCACAGUCAGGCAGCAUGAGAAUUCAUAUCAUCGGUUGGUUCCUCACAGCCAAACCAUCUCUUCAUGGGGAAGACACAGCUUAGACCACAUAGAAACAUCUAUCUCCUUUGCGAUGCCUUUUCUUGAAACAGUGGCUAGAAUACACUGUAAACUUUUUCAGGUUUCAUGCUGGUGAAAAUAUUAGGAGGGAAUUAGAAAAUCUACAAGACACUCUAACAAGAAUCCUAGAGAUCAAUAUUUCUUUAUGUCUUUGAGUUGACAAUAUACAUAUAACACAUAAUAAUAUAUUAUAUAUUAUAAUGUAUAAUAAUACAUAUUAUUUUACAUAUUUACAUAUAUAUACGUGUGUGUGUGUGUGUGUGUGUGUGUAUUCUCCAAGGUUUUUUAACCCAAGUUUAAUACAUGACUCACAGUUACAUGUAUUUUAUACUCUUCUUUGAAUUAGAAUGGUAGUCAAGCUUUGAAGUAUUUAUUUUUAAAAUUUUCAUUACACCCCGAAAAAAUAGCUGUUGAAGUUUCCAAAUUAGAUAGUAGAUUUAAAGAAUUAAGGAUUGAAUCAGCUUGCCCUUUGGCUUUUGGGGUCAGAAGUUAAGUUGAAGCUUGGAUUUGAAGUGCUCACUGUGGAGGUUCUAAAUCCAUAACAAACUACAUAACCACUAACAUGGCAUUUCUAUUCCACUGAGAUCUACUUCAAGAGACAAAAUUUCAAAUAUUAAAAAUCUAACUUACAAGAAGAUAUAGUUAUUUCAUUUACAGCAUUUCCACACAAACCUCUUAAGCAAAUAGAUAAUGUCACAUCAUAGGGGCAUACAAUUUGGCCUUCAUUAAUGUUUUUCUAUUUUUUAAUUUUUUUAGAACAUUAUUAGAUUUAGGUUAAAUUUUGAUAAAGCACUUUAAUAUGGUAAAUAUUUUCAUGAAACAGAUUUAUUACUUUUAAAUACAGAUUCAUAAAAUUAUUCUGUAGUGAUAAUUUACACUAUUAUUGUAUUAAAACACAGUAAUUUAAACAUUAUGCAUGUCAUCUUUUUCUUUUUUGUUAUGUCGAAUGAGCCAGUUUUAAAAUAUUUUUAUUUUAAUUCAAUAAUUUGAUGAGACCCUUUAAAAGGUUAUUCAUGAAGAUCAGUGAUGUAUGGAAGUAAAUUUCUUAGCAGAGUGCUCGAUGCACAGUAAGCCCUCUACCAAUGACAGCUAUUAUUAACUGCAAUUUAUACAAUAGAUUAAAAAUUAGUAUAUAAAAUUAUUUUGAAAAUAAAUUAAUAUUUUAAAUAGCAUGAUUGCAUUUGCUUAAAUUCUGUGGCAAAUUAUUCUUGAGUUGAAUCAAAUUCUGGUAUUUUCUGUACUAGGGUGAAUUAAAGGAGACACACAAGUGUAACUUAGAAAGAGGCCGAGACAAUUGGGUUAAAUGAAGCAGAUCCACAGCACCAUAAAGAACAUCCUUGUCCUUCAUGUCCUAGCAUCAGAUGAGAAGCAAUUUACAGAGUCAAGUUCCCAGAAAGAUUGGAAUACCCCAAUUCAGGGAAACGUGAAGGAGGAAGGAGCCCCUUUAUCAUCCGGGGAAGCCCCACAGCGCACUUUUGUAUUCGGAAUGACACUAAUGAAUGUCGUCAUUAUCUGGGAAGCUGAGGAUGAUGAGAAAGAUUAAUAAUUCAGUCACCCCUCUCUGCAUCCGUCUUAAUAAUUGUCAUUUGGGUUUCAGUUAUAGCCAUCUUUGCUGCUUUCUCUAGCUAUGCUUCUUUGUUGCUGUUCUCUGAGCCAAAUCAUGGCGAAUGCUGGGCCAUGGUAUUGAUGGCAUCUUGACCAUCUUACUUCAUUGAGAAUAUUUUAAAGUAUAUAUGUUAUAAAUUAGGCAUACUAAUAUCCCUGCAAAAUUUAUCUGGCUUCUUAAUAGCUUAACAAAUAAGCCCCUUUCUAUAAGAUCAAAAAUCUUGGAUGAACAAAAUAUUGAGAAGUUCUAUGUCUUUUAAAGUGAAGCAUCUUGUGUCCUGGAUGCUUUUAACUGUCCCUUUUCUAUUGAUGGCAUCUUCCUUUGCACUGAAGAACAUGAGAAAGUACUUUAGCCUUUGGUCAAAAUAUGACACAAAGUUCAUGAACCUUAUUUGUCUUAUAAUUGUCAUAAUUCAAAUUCCAGCAAGUAAGCAUCCACUUUUAUCAGUGACGAAUACAAACACUUAAAAAAAGAGAUUUCUGCCUUUUGUUAACGCCUCUGAAGAAGUGAUGUUCUUGCCACAUCACCACAGAAGAAUUUGUUUGGACAUUUUCUUGGAAUGCUAGUAAACUGAGUACCAAUCUUAGAACAAUACUGCUAUUUGUGUACAAAAUGGUUGUAAUCAGGGUACCCAUGGAAACAGUGAUUUAUAUGGAUUACAGUUCUCUCUAUAAAUGUUUGAUAUUUAUCAGCAAUUAUUAAGGAAAGCAUGACAUUGAAACUUUGAACUUGGAAUUUUCUGCGACUUUUAAAGUAAUCCCUGGUAAAGGUCAAUUACAUUUAUCCCCAUAUUUUCAGACAUUUAAUAUCCUAUUUGCCAUUAGCACAUGUUUCAAAAUGAAGUAAUACAUGAAAUGUAAAUAGUAAGGUAUUACAAUUUCCCAAAAAGCACAAUCUCAAAUCACAAGUCAAAUAAAUCAUCUUCCAAUCUAUGUUAAUGUAGCUAUUACCUUCCUCCAUCACUUUCUGAUGAAUGAUUACAAGAGGAUUUUUCUCUUGAAAAGGAAUCAUUAUAGGACCAUAGCUCUUAUUUGAUCUUUUUAUAAUAUACUUGCUCAAUAGUGAAGAUGAUUUUAAAUACCAAAUUUACCUUUUGGUUAUUUACAUUUUAUUUCUUUAUUUGGUAAUCAUUUAUUGAGUACUUAACUAUGUGUCAAACAUGGGCUAGUACUAGAGAUAAAAUGGACUUCCUCAAGGAGCUCACAAAACAAAAACACACUGAUAAACAACCAACUCUAACUUAGGGGUGGGACACCUCAACUAAUUCUGAAUUAGUUGGGACACCUCAACUAAUUCAGGGAAAGAUGAUAUGCAGUGAGUGUUCAAAAAUAUUUCUGAAGUAUUAAGGACAGAUGGCUCUACCUUGUUGGAGGUGUCAAGAGCCAAGGGAAGAACUUUCCAGGUAGAAUGGUCAGUGUGAACAAAGGUGUGGCAGUGAGAAAGCCCAUAGCACAUCCAGGGAACAGCAGGUGAGUUGGUCUGACUUAAGUGCGAGUGCUUUGAGCUCAGAGGGGGAGCUCCAGAGGCCGGUUACAGUCAGAUCCAAAUGUGUCCUGCCCCAUGACAAUGAUGAGGGGCUCCAUCAAAGGACACUGGAAGGGAGGGUGCCCCUGCAAACUAUAUGUGCAUUUGGGGAAAAAAUCUUUUUUGAAUUGGGAGAAAACACAUUGGAAUAACUCUAGGGAAGGAUGUUAUUUUGAAGACUUUUAUAGCAAUCCAGGCACACAAAAAAAUAACUGAAAGCUAAACUGAGAUAACAGGAAUGUGGAGGAAGAAGCAUAGUGGAGCCAAGAUAUUAAUAUUAUAGGAAUUGUAAUCUAUAUAGUGAAUAGUAUAGAUUAUACUAAUAAUAUAGUAAUUGUAUAUUAUAAUAAUAAUAUAGGAAUUGUAAUCUAUAUAAUGAAGUAACAUAUUGGAUGUAAGGAGUAAAAAAAGGGAGGAAACAAGACCUCUUAAGGACGGAGCAACUAGGAAGGUGAUGAUACUCAGGCAGGUGAUGUCUUUGGCAUCCAUUUCCCCUUCUGCAAACCACCCCCGAUUCUCAUUUGAGGAUCCCUCUGCAACAUCCAGCUUGUAUGGCAAGGCUACCCUCAAGAGUACAUCAUAUAACUCAGACCAGAUCACUAAACAUCCUGCAGUUCUCCUGGCCCCAAUCAUGGGUGAGUGUGUAUGUUCCUGCUGCUGAUGGCUGAAUGAGGGGGCUAGACUACACCCACCCUAAACCAGUUCCAUGAAAGACUGAAUAUCAGGAAUUUUGUGGAACCUACUAGAAAAGAGGCUCACUCCUCAGCAAUGGAUUGAGAGUCACACAAAGAUGAGGCUAGGGCUGCUGUAACCAUCUUGCCACCCCAGAAGUAGAAUUAAGAAGAUAGCCCAUAUAGAAAAGGAGAGCUGAGGGAAGGGACAAGAACAGGCAGGUUUGGUUGAUUAUUGAGCCCUGCUCUCAGCCACACCCGAACCUAGCCCACAACUGGACUUUUCAGUUGUACCUGCCAGUGUGCUUAAGUCAUUUGCAAGAGGAAAAGUCCUGUCAAAUACAAGUCAAGGACAAUGCCUGGGAAUUUAAAUAUAUAGGUCUGGAGCUCCAAGGAGGAAUAUGCUAUGGAAUUUAAUCUUCAGAUAGGUGAAUUUAAAGAUGAGAUAAUCACCCAAAUGACAGGAGAAAGGACUGAGAGAAAAUUAUGGGAAACACCAACAGCAGGUCAAUUAGUCACUCAACAAACAUUCAUUGAACACUGUGUUGGCAAACUAUGUCAGAGAAAAAAGGGACAAAAAUAACAAUAAUUAUUAUGAGUCCCUUCUCUUUUUGAGCUGAUAGUACAUUGGAUGAAAAAGCAAUAAAAUGGCAAAGUAUAUUAGUGUGUUUAAUAACAAUAUAUUCUAAGGAGAAAGCAAGGAAGAAUGCCUGAGUCAUGGGCUUUCAGACAGUGAUUAGGGUGGACCUCACUAAGUUAAAGUUGGUUUUUGGAGUAAAGAUUGGAAGGAAGGAGAAAGCAAACUAUAUAGAUUUCUGAGGAAGAGCACCCCAGGUGGGGGUCCAGCAAGUGUGGAAGGCUGGAAGCAGGAGGGCAGCAGGUGUGCUGAGAAACCAAGAAGAGGCAGUGAGCUAGAGAUGGGUGAGCAGGGGGGAGGGAGCAGAACAUCAAAAGCCUCGUGGACCCUUUUGAGGAUUUGGGCUUUGAUUCUCAGUGAAGUGAGAAGCCUGGGGAAGGUUCUGAGUGAAGAUGUUACAUGAUCCAUCUUAGGCUUUAUCUCUGCUGUGUUGAGAAUACCCUAUUGGGGAGUUUCCCUUGUGGCUCAGCAGGUUAUAAACCUGACUAGGAUCCAUGAGGACACAGGUUCAAUCCCUGGCCUUGCUCAGUGGGUUGAGGAUCCAGCACCACCGUGAGCUGUGGUGUAGGCUGCAGACACGGCUCCAAUCCCACAUUGCUGUGGCUGUGGUGUAGGCCUGCAGCUGAAGCUCCGAUUAGACCCCUAGCCUAGGUCUAGGGGUCUAAUACGCCACAAGUGCAGCCCUAAAAAGAAAAAAAUAAAGAAAGAGAGAGAGAAAAUACCCAAUUGGCACAGGGAAUAAUCAGGGAGGCCAGUUAGGAGGCAAGUGUAACAGUCCAGGCAAGAGAGGAUAAAGCUGGUCCACAGUGGUAGCAGCAGUGGUAACAAAAACAUUCAUAUUCCAGAUGUAUGUUUAAGGGACAAAAAACAUAUUCUGAUGGAUUGAAGGUCAUCUGGAAGAGAAAGAAGGAAAUCAAGGACAUCUUCAUAAUUUCUGCCUGAGCUACUGCAAGAAUCAGAGAAGCCCCCAGAAGAAAGUGAAUUGAGGCUAUUCCAGGUAUUUCAGAGAAGGAAAAGGCUGAAAUUGAAGCCAAAGAAGCUUGUGAUUGGCUACGGGCAGCAGGAUUCCCACAGUAUGCCCAGCUUUACGAAGAUCUCCUGUUCCCUAUUGAUAUUUCCUUGGUCAAGAGAGAGCAUGAUUUUUUGGACAGAGAUGCUAUUGAGGCUUUAUGCAGGCGUCUAAAUACUUUAAACAAAUGUGCGGUGAUGAAGCUGGAAAUUAGUCCUCAUCGGAAAAGAAGUGAGGAUUCGGAUGAGGAUGAGCCUUGUGCAAUAAGUGGCAAAUGGACUUUCCAGCGGGACAGCAAGAGGUGGUCCCGGCUUGAAGAAUUUGAUGUCUUUUCUCCAAAGGAAGACCCCAUUCCUGGGUCCCCAGACAAUUCUCACCUGAAGAACGCCCCGAGCCAUGAAAGCAUGCUGACGGACCUCAGCGAGCGCCAGGAGGUGGCUUCUGUCCGCAGCCUCAGCAGCACCAGCAGCCUUGCCACCCACACACCCCACUGUGGGGACACAGCCACCACCCGGACUAAUUCGGUCAUCAGCGUCUGCUCUUCGGGCACCUUUGUAGGCAACGAUGACUCCUUCUGCAGCCUGCCCUCCCCCAAGGAACUGUCCAGCUUCAGCUUUAGCAUGAAAGGCCACGAGAAGAGCACCAAGUCCAAGACACACAGUCUGCUGAAACGCAUGGAGAGCUUGAAGCUCAAGGGCUCCCACCACGGCAAGCACAAGGCACCCUCCAAGCUGGGGCUGAUCAUCAGCGGGCCCAUCCUGCAGGAGGGGAUGGAUGAGGAGAAGCUUAAGCAGCUGAACUGUAUGGAGAUCUCCGCCCUCAACGGCAACCAUAUCAAUGUCCCCAUGGUGCGAAAGAGGAGCGUCUCCAACUCCACGCAGACCAGCAGCAGCAGCAGCCAGUCUGAGACCAGCAGCAACGUCAGCACGCCCAGUCCUGUCACCAGGACCCGCAGCCUCAGUGCCUGCAACAAGCGGGGAGGCAUGUACUUAGAGGGCUUCGAUCCGUUCAAUCAGUCCACCUUCAACAACGUCAUGGAACAGAACUUUAAGAACCGCGAGAGCUACCCAGAGGACACAGUGUUCUACAUCCCGGAAGACCACAAGCCUGGCACUUUCCCCAAAGCCCUUUCCAAUGGCAGUUUCUCUCCCUCAGGGAAUAACAGCUCUGUGAACUGGAGGACGGGAAGCUUCCACGGCCCCGGCCACAUCAGCCUGAGGAGGGAAAACAGCAGCGACAGCCCCAAGGAACUUAAAAGACGCAAUUCCUCGAGCUCCAUGACCAGCCGCCUGAGUAUCUAUGACAACGUGCCAGGCUCCAUCCUCUAUUCCAGCUCAGGUGACCUGGCUGACCUGGAGAACGAGGACAUCUUCCCUGAGCUGGAUGACAUCCUCUACCACGUGAAGGGGAUGCAGAGGAUAGUCAACCAGUGGUCGGAGAAGUUUUCAGAUGAGGGUGACUCUGACUCAGCCCUGGACUCGGUCUCUCCGUGCCCGUCCUCUCCCAAGCAGAUACACCUGGAUGUGGACAACGACCGAGCUACCCCCAGUGACCUGGACAGCACAGGCAAUUCACUGAAUGAACCUGAGGAGCCCUCUGACAUCCCGGAAAGGAGGGAUUCUGGGGUUGGGGCCUCCCUGACCAGGUCCAACAGGCACAGGCUGAGGUGGCACAGUUUCCAGAGCUCUCAUCGGCCAAGCUUAAACUCUGUAUCACUGCAGAUCAACUGCCAGUCGGUGGCCCAGAUGAACCUGCUGCAGAAAUACUCCCUCCUGAAGUUAACCGCCCUGCUGGAGAAACACACGCCUUCCAAUAAGCAUGGUUUUAGCUGGGCUGUGCCCAAGUUCAUGAAAAGGAUCAAGGUUCCAGACUACAAGGACCGGAAUGUAUUUGGGGUCCCUCUGACAGUCAAUGUGCAGCGGACAGGACAGCCGCUACCCCAGAGCAUCCAGCAGGCCAUGCGCUACCUCCGCAACCAUUGUUUGGAUCAGGUUGGGCUCUUCAGAAAAUCAGGUGUCAAAUCCCGGAUUCAGGCUCUGCGCCAGAUGAAUGAAAGUGCCUUAGAUUGUGUCAACUAUGAGGGACAGUCUGCUUAUGAUGUGGCAGACAUGUUGAAGCAGUAUUUCCGAGAUCUUCCUGAGCCACUAAUGACAAACAAACUCUCAGAAACCUUUCUGCAGAUCUACCAGUAUGUGCCCAAGGACCAGCGCCUUCAGGCCAUCAAGGCUGCCAUCAUGCUCCUGCCUGACGAGAACCGGGAGGUUCUUCAGACGCUCCUUUACUUCCUGAGCGAUGUCACCGCAGCUGUCAAGGAGAACCAGAUGACCCCCACCAACCUGGCCGUGUGCUUGGCGCCUUCCCUCUUCCACCUCAACACCCUGAAGAGAGAGAAUUCCUCUCCAAGGGUGAUGCAAAGGAAACAAAGUUUAGGCAAACCAGAUCAAAAAGAUUUGAAUGAAAACCUUGCUGCCACUCAAGGGCUGGCCCAUAUGAUUGCUGAGUGCAAGAAGCUUUUCCAGGUUCCUGAGGAAAUGAGCCGAUGUCGAAACUCCUACACCGAACAAGAGCUGAAGCCCCUCACCCUAGAAGCAUUAGGACGUCUUUGCAAUGACGAGUCAGCUAGCUACCAGCACUUCCUCCAAGACUGUGUGGACAGCCUAUUUAAAGAGGUCAAAGAGAAGUUCAAAGGCUGGGUCAGCUACUCCACAUCUGAGCAGGCUGAGCUGUCCUAUAAGAAGGUGAGUGAAGGACCACCUCUAAGGCUUUGGAGGGCAACCAUCGAAGUUCCUGCAAUGCCUGAGGAAAUCUUGAAGCGCCUACUUAAAGAGCAGCACCUCUGGGAUGUAGACUUGUUGGAUUCCAAAGUGAUUGAGAUCCUGGACAGCCAAACUGAAAUUUACCAGUAUGUCCAAAACAGUAUGGCACCCCAUCCUGCUCGGGACUACGUUGUUUUGAGAACAUGGAGGACCAACUUACCCAAGGGGGCAUGUGCCCUUUUACUCACCUCUGUGGAUCACGACCGGGCCCCUGUGGUGGGUGUGAGGGUCAAUGUGCUCCUGUCCAGGUAUCUGAUCGAACCCUGCGGGUCAGGGAAAUCCAAACUCACCUACAUGUGCAGAGCUGACUUAAGGGGCCACAUGCCAGAGUGGUACACGAAAUCUUUUGGACACUUGUGUGCAGCUGAAGUUGUAAAGAUCCGAGACUCCUUCAGUAAUCAGAACACUGAAACCAAAGACACCAAAUCUAGGUGAUUCACAGAGCAAAAGCAACUGUGUCCAUUAUCUGGGCAUUUGUUCUAGAACCCUUGCCAGUCCUUUGGAAGACUGAGUUCUGCAUCUGAUCCUGAAAGAGAGAAAACUACAACUUGGAGUGUAGGAAUUGACUAGAGUGAUCUGAUACAUUUUUAAAGCUGCUUCCUGUUUGUUCAAGGUCUGUGUUACGGACCUUGACUGGAAUAUAUGACUGUGCAAAAAAAAAAAAAGUAUUCUAAUUGGAAUUGCUUCUGAGAAGCAAAACUCUAUAAAUACAUUAGGGGAGAUAAUGAAGAGUCUUCAUUCUCUUGUGCAUGUGUAUGUGUACGUGAACCUACGACAUUUUCUUUGCAGUGUGUGGAGGGACUGGUGUAUACACUGGAAUAGUUGGUACUCUGACAUGUUUUCUCACUGAGAAGAGCAAAGAAAGGUUUGCACAGAGGAGUGUGUGUAUGUGUGUUUGUUGCUGGUCGAAUGGCAUAGAUGAGCAGGUUGGGAUGCAGUGGCUGGCACACUGAGACACUUCCAAGAAGGAUCUUGAUGCUUCAGGUUCAGUUUAACCUGGAAUAUCAGACUACCCAUGGAAUCAUCCAGAAAGGGAACCCAUUUAUUUUGGAGUAUCGGACAGCCCACUUGUCCGUUUGUUUGUGUUUUUUUCUGAGUUAGUAAAUAUAUUCCUUUUCCACCAACCUCUUCUUUACCUUAAAACUAACUUA